AUGUUGACCUCCCAAACACGCCCCAAAACACCAUCUACUGAAUAUGGACCCUCACUCACUCCGCCAACACUUGAAGAAAUCAAUAUCUGCCAUUCAUCUAUAGACGUAGAAUUAAGUGAGAAUACAGAUAAUGCUCCUCCACUAGCCGUGGCAGAGGAUUCUAUCGCCACCACAGGGACUGGAGAAGCAGAUAACGAUAGUAAUCGUGGACGUUCGGGUCAUCUCCCGCCAUGGGUCCUCUUGAUCCUUACUGUCAGUAUUUUAGCUACUGCAGCUAUAGGAAUAUCAUUGAUUCAACUGAUAAUAUAUGCCAGCUAUUACGAAGAGAAAAGACGUUUUCUAAUUGUUUGGUGUAUAGCAGAGUCCCUGUUUCGUCUGUGGGCUAUUUUCUUUGCAGCCAUAAAUUUUUCUGCGAUUUAUGCAAUAAUCCAUUCGGUGGGAAUAUUCUUAGGACAAGGAUAUUACCUCCUCUUGGUCGAUUCAUUAUGGCCUGCUCCUGAUCCUCAGGACGUUCAGAACAAAUUCGAUGACUUUAUUCGUUGUAGUGGCGUGAGUUCAGCAGAUAAUUACGCCAAGUCGUUUGCUACUACCGGUCUCGUUGCAUGUCUGAUUAAUGUUGUCACCACCAUACCUUUAUUGUGUAUACUCCGACAUAUUCAGAAGGCAGAUUUUGAAGAUACUAACUAG